GUCGGUCGCAUUGAAAGUCGGUGAAGUGCCGAUUCGCAAGUUAAGCCUAAUUUCGAAUGUCGAAGUUGUAUUUGAUUUUCUCUUUUUAAUUUUUUGUGGAUUUAGUGAUUUCUGAUACUUUAGGCAUGUUCGUGAGUUGAAGUACCUGUACUAAGAAUCAUGAUUUCUAACAUGAUUGGCAGAGGAGCUUGGUAAAACAGAACAGAGUUCAAGCAAGAUAUGAAGAUCUCAUUUAUUAAAGCACAGACUUAAGUGUUUGAAGUCAAUAAAAUCGUAGACAAAGAUUGUAGACAGUACAAAGUGAAGUCUAAAUGCCUUAUUCAAAAGAAGAGCGCGCUGCAGCUUGCAUGCGCCGACUAUGUUCGACUCGACAAAAGGCGCAUUGCUGGUAGCGCCUUCUCUAUCAAACAGUUCGUGCUGGAUGAAUGGCAAAGGUUGGCCUUCGACUCUACCAGCACCCGGAGACAUCGUAAAGGCUUUAUUCAUUUUUGCACUCUCCACUUCAAUUGUCCUUGGGAAUCUCAUCUUAAUCUGCGUUAUGAAUAAUCGACGUUACAUCAAGUAUAUUGGAAAUCAGCCAAGAUACCUGCUGACGUCACUCGCUCUGAACGAUUUGUUCACCGGAAUCUUGAUAGCUCCAGUGGCUCUUCUGCCUGCCCUUUACAAGUGUUGGCCGUAUGGCGAGAUAUUUUGUCAGAUACAGGCUCUGUUGAGGGGAGCCGUGAGUCAACAAAACGCCGUUAUUCUCGUCUGCAUGGCGAUUGACCGUUACCUUUAUUUGUUACACCCGAAUACUUAUCAUAAGCAUUCCAGCAAAAAGGGUUGUGUUUUAGUCAUAAGUAUAACUUGGAUACUCUCUGUUUCGCUGUUCGCAAUCAUGGUUUUGCCGAGAUCCGGGUACUACUUCAACUCAACUGGGCUUAUGGCUUGUGACGUGUUCCACAGCAGGGUUGCGUUCAGGAUAUUGUCAUGCUGUGCCUAUUAUUUCCCGACAACAAUGGCCUUAAUGUACUGUUACGGGUCUGGAUUUCACGUCAGUAAAACUAGGACUAAAUGUGAUGAGCCUAUAAGACCUAAUGGUGUACCAGUGCCGUGCACGAAAACAACACAUGGCGAUCACGAAAUUGUGAUACAAGCUCCUGUGAGACCUCAUAGCGUCAGCACGUCCAGAACAAUGGCCGCUAUGUCUUUGGGUUUUAUUGUAAUGGUUACGCCAGCUACUAUUCAGGAAGUUGUUGCGGCUUGUACUGGUUGCAAGGUUCCACCUUCUCUGGACUUUAUCGUGACGUGGUUGGCGUUGAGUAAUAGUUUCUGGAAUCCUUUCCUGUACUGGCUAUUAAAUGGACACUUUAGAAGAAUCAGCAAUGAGCUGUUACAAUAUUAUGUAUGCUGCAGGAGAACGAAACCUUUUCCUCAAAACUAUGAAAAACGAUCUGGAUGCUGCGGUUCGCCUAUUCCGUCUGAUUUGAAUUCAAAAGGUGAAUUCGAAGGACUUGGAGAAAAAUAUUGGGGUGAAAUUUUGGAAGCACCGUUUCCUCAACAUCUCUCCAUGCUAUUCAAAAAGCUUGCCACAGAGAGCACCCUCACCGAUGUACAGGGUCCUUCAAAGGCUGCCCCACAAAUGCUUGUAAAUAUGAUCAUAGAUACUUUGAAGGGUACGGUCCCUCUGAUUACCGUCAUUUGGAUAGAUCAGCUUUUCAAAUUGAAUCAUGUUCAAGACACUGUCGAUUAAAAAAUUCAGAUUUUUGUUUGUUUAAACCGAGUCCAAGCUUGGACUGCGGACGAUCGCGCUCUAACCUUAGUUUAGAUGAGAGCAACUUUAUUAAGACUUGUAAUGGACGG